UUAGCUGCAGAGGGCAUUCAGCCCCAAUUACGCGACCAAUCAACCCUAAAUUAUAUUAUUUGACUGCAGUGGACACUCAUAUUCUUCGACUUUGGAAGAUCUUCGGCUUGGAUUCAGGUAAUUUCAGACCACCUAGAUCUCUCUCUCCGAUCGGUAUCCCCUUCUGAAGUUGUUGCCGGAGAAUUGACCUCCGUCGGGGCUCAAACGAGUUCAUUUUUGAGCCGCGCGGCUCAAUUCUCCCAAUGCUCGCCACCAAUCUCCGAUCACCAAGCAUUCGGGUUUAGCGUUUCCUUGUGAGCGCUACUUCGCAUGCUUCAAUUGCUUUUUCUGUACGGGUUGUUAACUAAAAAAGGUGAAUAAUGGGCCUGUCGACUGCUACUACUGCUGUUUCCGAGGCCAUUCAACUCUGCGUCUUUGAUUCUAGGAGGGGACAACAGGAGGGGCAAGAGCUGGAUAAGAUAUUAUUUUUCUUUCCAGCUGAUUUACCCUUUACAAAACAACUGUAUAUUAUUGGGCUUAGUGAAGGACUUAUUACAUUUACAAGAACAUUCUCUCCAGAGGCAGCUUGUGAGGUCAUUGAAGCGGAGAAGCAUUCCCAUGUAUUUUUUGAGGCAGAGCCAGAUAUAUGGAUGGUUUUGGUAGUGGAGAAAAACAAGGAGGUAGAAGCAAUUUGGCGGACAGAUGCAUUGCAGAAGCUUCUUAAGGAAAUCCACUCUCUUUUUCUAAUGUUUCACGGAUCUAUAAGGUUAUUACUAGAGAAAGAACCUACUGGAGAAGUUUCCAGAUCACAUUUGUAUUCCUUCAUCAUGGAUUAUCUGAGUGAUUUUCUUGUUGGAAAAAAACUGCAGUUACCAUCAUUUGUAGACUGUUUGAAGGAACGAGGAACCGUACAGAUGCUGACCAUAGGACGAGAUGCUGCCAUUGAAGUUCAGGCACUUGUCAGAACACUUGAUUCUUGCAUCGGAAACACAUCAUGCCACUCUCUGAUUUUAUUUCAGGACUUACUCGUGUCUACAACACUUUCUCCUGAUGACACUACAAACUUAUUUUCUUAUGCUGUCCUGAGGUUGACUCCACGUGUCUUAUCUUCUGGUGCAAGUUCUUGGUCCUAUUUACUCAGGGGGAAUGCUACAUCUCAUGUUGCUGAACAUGGUUCCGUUUCAGAUCAAUCAUACAACUCUCAUAACUCUUCUCAUGGCGGAAAUGUUAAACGUGUGAUACGACCCUUGCAGCAUGGAAAAUGGUCAAAAGGGAAGGACAGUUUUCUGGAGACUGAUAUUUGGGGUAUGGAGGCAAGUGGCUUGCUUGUUUCCACCCCAACAAUCUGGCUUUCUCAAACGGAGGAGAAAAUGUACCUCUAUGUACAUCAGCAUAAAAGCCUGACUCUGAUUCUUCUGGUUCCUGUAUCCUCAGUACCUAAUGGGGCACAAGGUAUUUCAAUCGUGAGGCAGUAUAUUCUUGAAAAUGCGUCCCUGAAGAUAAUGAAAGUUGGAGAAAAGUUGUCAAAAGGCUGGGGUGGGGAAAAUGCUUAUCAUGUUGGUGGGUAUCGUUAUCUACUGGUAGAUGGUGAUAGACAAAUAUCCAGGGCUUCACCACCAGGAAAAGUUACCACCCUCACAAAGGAGUCUUUACUUGCCAUGAGCAAACUCAGAGAAAAGGUUGAUUUGGAGAAGAGUCAAGCGAAACAGGAUAUUAUUGGUGAGGAGAAGGAACUGGAAGUAACAAUAAGAGCCAAAAACAAUGCUUGGGUUAUUUCUCGAAUCACAAGAGGGAAAGAGCUUUACAUGGUUCUGGAGAAAGCUAACGAAACCCUACUCUAUGCCUCUGAUAUGGUGGAGAAAUUCAGCAACAGGUAUUGCAACGGAGCAUUCUCGUUGGAUUAGAGGGGACAUGCUUUCAGUGGUCGUCUAUACGAACUUGUAAUAUAAAAGCAGAGGUUAGACGGAUGUGCAGAGCUCCUAGUUUAUUUAGCUGCUUCAUAAUUUUACUAUCCCUUCUGUAAAUUUCUAUUAACAAUAAGGUGAAUUCUCUCUCAUUUUCUGUAGAAGAGAGGGAAAUUGAAAAAUGCAUAUAGGCCUUCAACCCUGGAUAGAAAAAAUCAGCUAAGUUAUAAUUGUGCAUUAGUCCAAUCCUUUCACUUUAGGAGCUAUUUUUACCUUUCUACAAAGCUUGAGUUUCUUCCCUUGGGGAAUUUUCUUAAGAAAAUUGUAUAAUUAUUUUUAUACUAAAACUUGUGAAGAAUCCGAAGGAAAACUCAAUAAGGAUUUGAUUGUUGCCGAGGAAAAA